AUGGGAAUCAGUAAGCUGCGGGAAGCAGGUAACUUUGGUGGCUUUGACUGUGGCCAGUGUAAGUUUGGCUGGACAGGACCAAACUGUGACGUGCGUAACUCCCCAGUGGUGAGGAAGAACAUCCACUCUCUGACUCCAGCUGAGCUCCAGGAGUUCCUGGAUGUGUUGGACCGGGCCAAGAACACCACCCAUCCAGACUAUGUCAUUGCCACACAGCACUGGCUGGCCCUGUUGGGGCCCAAUGGAACCCAGCCCCAGUUCUCCAACAUCUCCAUCUACGAUUUCUUUACAUGGCAGCACUACUACUCUGUCAGAGACACUCCUUGGGGAAUGUGAUCCAUCACACAAAAACAAACAAGCAAACACAAACAAUAUAUUAUAAUGAUAAUCAUUUACAUGUGUACAAUGUUGAACAAAUUCACUUCUAUGGAUAUGAUUGCACUUCUAAGACUAGAAUGUUUAAUCUGGAUGUCCAUUCAAGCACAUUGAUUCUCCCGUAAAGGACUUGGCACAGAUACCACAUACUCAGUCUGGAGAGAAACCUGCAGGUAAGAGUGUAAAGAUAAUGUAAUUGUUGUAUUUAUCUUACAAAAUAUGAAUAUGUACUUGAGAAAAUGUCAGCUUCCUUGAAUGAGUGUAUCUGAAUAGUUUGUCCUCUGCAGAGACUGACUGGCAAUGAGAACUAUGCUGUUCCAUACUGGAACUUCACCACAGGGCAGACUGAGUGUGACGUCUGUACAGACUCUCUCCUGGGGGGGCACAACCCAGAUGACUCCUCCCUCAUCAGUAACCAGUCCAGGUUCUCCAAUUGGGGGGUGGUGUGUGACAGGUCUGGAGCAAUUUGUGUCACAAUAUUGAAUGUAUGUAGCUAAGCUGAUUACAUAAAUAAAUGUGUAUUUUGAUGGUA